CCGACGCUUUUUUUACACCCAUCAUCAAGAGCAAUUGCAACCAGCAACAGACCAAUUGACCAUCGUCAUGUCUUCUCCAAUCAAAGUCGGGAUCAUCGGACAUGGAAUGUCUUCCAAGGCUUUCCACGUCCCGCUCUUGGUCUCCCUUCCCUCUCAGUUUAAAAUCACCCAGAUCCUCUCCCGUCACGCUCCUUCCUCGACGAUUCGUAUCGCUUCUGGCGAGGAUAUCCCCGUUGUUCGAUCAGCGGAGGAAUUGUACGCGACGGAUAUCGACCUCGCCGUCAUCACCACCGAGAACAAGACGCAUUUCGAGUAUGCCAAGAAAGCACUCGAGGCCGGGAAGAACGUCGUGGUCGAGAAACCGUUUACCGCUACCCUCGCCGAAGCCGAGGAAUUGGCAAAAUUGGCGGAAGGCAAAGGAUUGGUCUGUGCCGUCUUCCAGAACAGACGAUGGGACAGCGACUUCCUCACCCUCAAAAACUUGAUCGAAGCCGGUACCCUCGGCGACGUCGUCAACAUCACCUCCCGCUUCGACCGAUACCGUCCGAAGGGCAAAGGCGGCUGGCGCGAAACUGACGCCAUCUCUGGCGGGGUCUUCGUCGAUCUUGGAUCUCACCUUGUCGAUCAAGCUCUCGCCCUCUUCGGUGCUCCGUCGACCAUCGCCGCUACGAUCCUGAAUCAGAGGAAUUUGGAGACGGUCGCUACGGACGAUUACUUUGACGUGAGACUCACUUGGGAGGAUAAGCCAUCUCUCGUGGUACACCUUUCCGCAGGUAUGCUCGUCCGUGCCGAGUCCGCUCGUUGGGUCGUUCAUGGCACCAACGGCUCAUGGACGAAAUACGGUCUCGACGUCCAGGAAAAUCAGCUCAAGGCUGGCCUGACUCCGGCUUCUGCGCCGGAGUUUGGUGUGGAUGAGAAGCAUGGGGAGGUUGAUACUGAAGUUGGCGGUGUUCAUGUUGUGGGUAAGGUUGAGGGGGAGAAGGGUGCUUAUCUUGAGUUUUACAAGAACGUUGGGGAUGCUAUCGUGGGUAAGGCUAAGUUGGCCGUUGAUGCGAAGCAGGGGUUGUUGACGAUGAAGGUGUUGGAGGCAUGCAGAGAGGCUGCGAAGGAGAACAAGGUUGUUCAGUUCUCUGCGUAAAGCAGAUGCACCGAGACAGGAUAUCGGAUUAUGUCAAUAUAUCUGCAUCAAGCUUAACUACAAAAACACUUCAAGCCCUCCUAGUCAUCUCGAUCUCAUCAACUACACGCUCCACACCGUUUCCACAUUCAUUCAGCUGCCUUCUUGACAACCUUUCCUUCUCAUCUUCCAUAACACACGGACUCACAAAUAGCUUGCCGCCGAAGACCCCAUCCGACAAU